CACAUCAGUAUUCUCACAGCCGAGCAGUCAGUCUAGUCUUCCUCCCAGCAGUCUCCUACUUCGACUGGAGGCUAUCAUACCUUGCUCCUCUUCGUCGUUCAUUUUGUCUGCCAUGAGCCUUCCGCGCUCCGCGUUGCAUCUCGCGCGCCAAACGCGACUAGCGCGAAAGCACGUAGUCUCCCUCGCAUCCGCGGCUGAUAUUUCCGCGGUGACGGCGCCGUUGACGGAAUCUGUUAUCAGAACCACGGACGCUGCGACACAGAGCAACCGCCACGUGGCGACCCUCCACGGGCCAAAUCCACAGCACGAGUCGAAUCGGCGCGCUUCAACAGAUGCUUCGCGGGAAAAGCGGAAUUCCACGUUUGAGGCGUCUCGAAGGAAGGUUGCGCUGUGGGGAAACGGGGAUCACGGACGGCUGGGGCUGGGGGGUGAGGGGGGGAAGAGCAGCGGGGGGAGCGGGGGAGGCGGAGGGUGGUGGGGUUGGGGGAGAGCCGCGGGAGGAGAGGGGGAUAGGAGUGGGGAUGCGGAUGCGGAUGGGGAUGGGGAUGGGGAUGGGGGGUCUGUUAAUGUCCCCCGCGUAUGCGCGGCUCUGGAGGAUAAAGACGUUUGCCAGGUGGCGUGUGGCGGUGCUCACACGCUCGUGCUGACAGCGGAUGGCCGCGUGUUCACCAUGGGACUCAACGACAAAGGGCAGCUGGGGGUUGGCGACUCCAACGCUCCCCCAUACGUCACUUCCCCCAAGGAGGUGGUCGGAUUUGAUCGGCCUGUUGUGGCCGUUGCAGCUGCUGCUUUCCAUUCAGCCGCCAUAGAUGAUGCCGGCCAAAUGUACCUGUGGGGCGGCAAUGCUGCCAGCCAGGUCGGACUCGGCUCACGCGGUCCAUCGAAGGUGCAUUCGCCACGUGUGCCAGAGGCGCUGAGAGGAGUGUCAAUCCAGCACAUGGCACUGGGGGGGCAGCACACCCUCGCUGUCACUGCGGACGGUCAGCUGCUCUCUUGGGGGAAGGGCAGUCUGGGCCAUGGUCCUUUGCCCCUCUUCUCUCGCCUCUCCAGGAAAUCCAGCGAGACCAUCCCUCGGCUUGUGCAUGCCAUGGCCAACACUAAGGUGGUGCGUGUAGCUGCCGGCAUGCUGCACUCUGCAUGUGUCGAUGACAGCGGCCGCCUGUUUGUAUUCGGAGGAAACAGAUUCGCUCAGCUGGGGUUGGGGGACCAUAAGGAUAGGGAGGAGCCAGUGGAGGUGGCGUCUCUGCAGCAUGCUGUAACGGAUGUGUCCUGUGGUGGUUACCACACUGCUGCUGUCACAGGGCCCGGACACCUCUUCACGUGGGGUGCCAACGAGUAUGGCUGUCUUGGCCAUGGCCCGCGCCACUCGCCCCCCUCAGCAGUGCCUGUGAAGGUGGCUGGCAGGCUAGCAGGGAAGCGGGUGGUGCAGGUGUCGUGCGGAUGGAAGCACACUGCUGCUGUCGCUUGUGGUGCAGAUGCGGGUGAAGAGCAAUCAUUAUGUGCAGCAGCAGUUGGCAGAUUAUACACGUGGGGCUGGGGCGGCUCUCAGGGAUCGCAUGCAAUUGAAUCCAGGUCAACAGGCGGUCAAUUGGGACUUGGGAAUGAGUUUGAGUUCUUUGAACCCAUGUGGGUUUCAGGAGGAGCGUUUGAUGGGAAUUCAGGGAAGUUUUCGGAAGAAGCCAUGUUGAAUGUCCGCCAAGUAUCAUGUGGCUUCAACCACACUGCUGCUAUUAUCUCUUAAAUCGUUUUAGGAGAGCAUGUUUUUUGUGCCUGUCAUAAUCGCACUCGUGCGAGCUAUAUCGGAUCAAACAUGCCUGCAUGUGUGCAUCAGAAAUGUCAGGCAUAUCUGUCGGAUGUCCCUCCGAGAAAUGAAUACUCGCCGUCGAU